UUUCAUUCAACCCAAAAACCGUAGGAAUCGUUUUUGUAGGAGAGAGUCGUUCGGUCGACUUGUCUUGCAUAUAAAACUUUCCACCCACUUUUCAAAAUGCGGGAAGCUAUCUGCAUCCACAUCGGUCAGGCCGGUGUCCAGAUCGGUAAUGCGUGCUGGGAGUUGUUCUGCUUGGAGCACGGUACUUCAUUUUGUUGUUUUUCAGCUGAUGUUUUUUUGGCGCUAUCAUCAUCAUGUAAAUCAACAGUUGUUGAGGCAGUUUUCACUGCCAUGUUUGUAACACUAAAAAUCGUGUUGCGCGAUGAAUUUCGAUACCAUUUCCAUUGAAUCUCCAGGUAUCCAGCCGGAUGGUCAGAUGCCGUCCGACAAGACCAUCGGGGGUGGCGAUGAUGCCUUCAACACCUUCUUUUCGGAGACUGGUGCUGGCAAGCACGUCCCCCGCUGCGUCUUCGUCGAUCUGGAGCCCACCGUGAUCGAUGAGGUCCGCACCGGUACCUACCGUCAGUUGUUCCACCCGGAACAGCUGAUCUCCGGUAAGGAGGAUGCCGCGAACAACUUCGCCCGUGGUCACUACACCAUCGGUAAGGAGAUCGUCGACUUGUGCUUGGACCGCAUCCGUAAGUUGGCCGACAACUGUACCGGUCUCCAGGGCUUCCUGAUCUACCACGCCGUCGGUGGUGGUACCGGUUCCGGUUUGGGCUGCCUGAUGAUGGAGCGUCUGUCCGUCGAUUACGGUAAGAAGUCCAAGAUCUCCUUCACCGUGUGGUGCUGCCCCCAGGUCUCCACCGCGGUCGUCGAGCCGUACAACACCGUGCUGUGCGUCCACUCCUUGUUGGAGCACACCGAUGUCACCAACCAGGUCGACAACGAGGCCCUGUACGAUAUCUGCCGCCGCAACUUGGACAUCGAGCGCCCGACCUACACCAACUUGAACCGCCUGGUCGCUCAGAUCAUCUCGUCCCUGACCGCCUCCCUCCGUUUCGACGGUACUAAUACGCUAUUUGAAUACUUUUUGCUAGAAGCGAGUAGCUGAUGAACAGUGCUCCGUACUUAUUCAUCGAGCAGUGCUCCGUACUUGCUGAUGUAUUCAUCGAGCAGGCGGUCUGGCUACGUAACAAGUAAGUUCAUUCAAGUUCAUUUAUAAUCACUGAUCAAUGACGAUAUUCUGUAUUCACAGGUGCGUUGAACGUCGAUGUGACGGAGUUCCAGACCAACUUGGUGCCGUACCCGCGUAUCCACUUUAUGUUGACCUCGUACGCGCCGAUCAUCUCCGCGGAGAAGGCCUACCACGAACAGCUGUCCGUGGCCGAGCUGACCAACAGCGUGUUCGAGCCGGCGUCCAUGAUGGUCAAGUGCGACCCGCGUCACGGUAAGUACAUGGCCUGCUGCCUGAUGUACCGUGGUGAUGUCGUCCCGAAGGAUGUCAACGCGUCCGUCGCCACCAUCAAGACCAAGCGCACCAUCCAGUUUGUCGACUGGUCCCCGACGGGCUUCAAGUGCGGUAUCAACUACCAGCCGCCCACCGUCGUCCCGGGUGGUGACUUGGCCAAGGUCAUGCGCGCUGUGUGCAUGAUCUCCAACUCCACCGCCAUCGCGGAGGUGUUCUCCCGCAUCGACCACAAGUUCGAUUUGAUGUACUCCAAGCGUGCCUUCGUCCACUGGUACGUCGGUGAGGGUAUGGAAGAAGGUGAGUUCUCCGAGGCCCGUGAGGAUUUGGCCGCCCUGGAGAAGGAUUACGAAGAGGUCGGUAUCGAGACCGCCGAGGGUGAAGGUGAGGAAGAGGGAUACGGUGACGAGUUCUAAGUCGCCUGAAGGACUUCUUCAGUUGUUGUCGAAGAUAGUCUUUUUCCUCUCCACCUUCGGGUGAGGGCUAAAUAAAAAGAUUGUUUAGUCUUUGCAUGGAAACUGCAGUUCGACAAUAUCAAAUUUUUCGGUUUAGAUCAGCAUCUUCGAAAAUAUGGUCUGUGAAUGACCAAUAUCCACCGAUGUAGUUAUGAUAUUCAGCGAGGCGACUCUUGGAUGUUAUAAUGCUUUAACCAUCCGACUGGAUUGGCAUUCCUUUCCAUGGAGCUGAAUCUGUAAACCGUAGUAAGGAACUGAUCAAUGUGUCAGACAGAAAGU